CUUGUGUGCUUCUAUUAGCACCUUCACCGAGGAAAUUUUGUAUAAUUAAGAAUUACAAGAAUGCACUUGACUAUAAAUACCAACAAUUGUUGUAUAAAAGCGUCAAAACCUUGAAAAAAUAUUCAGUAGUCAAGAUGAAGGUAUUUUGCAUUUUUCUGAGUGUUUUGUUAUUAGCUUCUGCAUAUAAGCUUAAAGGAUCUGCAGAUCCACCGGAAUUUCACCAUGUUCAAGCUCGUAUGGCAUUACGCCCUGGCUGUUACUAUAGAUUGAUUUGUGACCAUCCACCACCCGAAUUUCACCCUCACGUUAUACCACCUUUAGAUGGAGCACGUAGUAAACCAAGACUGACAAGAGAUACUGAACUAGGAAUAGCUAGAUUCAAAAGAAUACCACCACCUAGCCCCUAUCCUUGGUGCUACCACAUUGUAGAAUGUAACGACGAACUAAAGCAGAAGAUAGAUGAAAUACCGAAAGACACAAAUGCAGAAAAUCAUUCGCAUUCACAAGAUGAACAAGCCAAAAAGAUAGAUUUGGAAAAAAAUUCACAAACAAGUGAAAAACCUGAAAAUAAGAACAGCAAAAGACAAACAGAAGAGGAACUAGAAGGAUCAAGGGCCACAGCUGUGGCUGAAGCACAAUCUGAUGGUGGAUAUGCAAAAGCCUAUGCAUCCGCGUCCGCUAGAGCUAUAUCUCAUCAAAAUAAAUAUUGUUAUUAUUGUAAAAUCAUUGAUAAAUCUAAUUAAAUGUUUCAAAAACU